GAGCCCUAAUUUGGAUCGAGCCGCCCCAUUUGCCACCUUUUGAUUUCUGGUGACGAUAGAUAGAAGGUUUUAGGUAUUAGAAGAAGAGCUGCUUCUGGAAGCAAUGACGACGCUGAUGCCGGCCGUUUGUUGUGCUCCCUGCCGCCGCCUUCAUCUCUCCGUUCCCUUUCUUUCCACUCGGCAUUCGUCCGGCUCCCGUCGCCGAAUCCUGCUCACUCCCUGUGCUGCACGUCCACUCGAUGUGCUUCGACGGAAGAAUUGUAGCUUUCGCUUCAUCAACGUACCUGGAGGUCGAUCAAUUAGGACGAGCAAAGUCUUCGCCUACUUGCCUGAUUUAGAGAAUUCCAACGAUGGGCCGGUCAUGGAGGACAUUUCCUCCAUGGUUGGCAGCGUGAGGGGAUCUUCCUCGAUCCUGCAGUCUGAUUCUUACACACAGGGAAAUAUCGAUUCCCGUCGUGGGAAGUCAGGGUCUGUUUCGUUCUGCGGAUUGACUCACCAGAUGUUGGAAGAGAGGAAGCUGAUUGCUUCUCCAUUCAAGGAUGGCACAGGAACAAUUGUGUGGGUUUUGGGUCCUCUAGCUUUGAUAUCAUCUCUCGUCUUUCCCCAAUUUUUUCUCAGCGCAUUCAUUGAGUCGGUUCUUGGAGAUGAGAUUCUUGCAGAAAUCAUUGCAUCAUUAUCUUCAGAGUUCAUAUUCUAUGCUGGGCUUGCUGCAUUCUUGUCAAUAGCGGAUCAUGUUCAACUUCCAUACCUUGACUUCAGCUCAAAAAGGUGGAGCCUUAUAACAGGCCUUAGAGGCUACCUUUCCUUUGCCUUCUUCACAAUGGGUUUCAAGGUGUUUGCUCCUCUUCUUGCUGCCUAUGUUAUAUGGCCUGUUAUUGGUCUUCCUGCUAUUGUCGCAAUCACUCCAUUUCUAUUGGGAUGUGCUGCACAAUAUGCAUUUGAGAUACACCUAGCAAAUUGUAAUUCAUCUUGUUGGCCUGCAUUGCCAAUAAUCUUUGAGGUAUAUAGACUAUAUCAGUUGAACAAGGGAGCACAUUUUGUGGAAAGGUUAUUGUUCUUAAUGAAAGAUUCAUCAACAAACUCAGCAAUGGAACGAAGUAGUGCAUUGAUUUCCAUGCUAGCUGUUUUCCAGAUCCUCGGCGUCAUUUGCUUGUGGUCUUUAGCAACUUUUCUUCUAAGACUUUACCCUUCUAGAACAGUCGCCGAGAACUAUUGAAGAAAUUACAGAUAAGGAAACUAGUUUUUCACCGGCCAUAAUGACGGUAGGGAUCGAAGUCAGAAGCCGUUCCGCCUUAAUGUUUUACGAAAUCCAACGACGAUCACCAAAAAGAGAUUCCGAAGCUCAAUCUGCGAUCGUGAUGAUAUGGUUCUGAACCAAGACUUGAGCACGGUUAUCAUCGAAUGACGAUCCACCCCGGAAUUUGAAUUUAGCUCAUCAGGAGUUCUUGUGGAUCGCCGGUUGCAAUAAUGUACGUUAAAGAUUUCUCGUUUGAUUAUCGUUAACCCUUUCUGAUGUCCCUAGGCUUUCUUUUCCGAAGAUAUGUUAUAUGUUACUUAUUCACUAGAAUCACUUGAAAAAUGUGAGAAUGAACUUCUUCCUUA